UUGUCUCCCAGCUCCAUCCGUCCCCAUAUGGACUGACAGCUCAGCUGAGCUGAAGAGGAAAGCAGAGAAAGUGAGAGUGUAUCGAUAGAGCGCCUCCUUGCUGCCACCGCCCCUCCUGUACCGCCAAGCGAGAGCCAGACACCCCGACGCCAUGCCCGCCCCACCCCAGCUGCCUGUGCUGCUCCUGCUGCUGCUGGCCCAGUGCGCAACCCGGACCAUUGGCACGCAAGCCACAGCCCGGGGUUGGCUUCCGGACCGGGCUGGGGAGGGCAGCACCUCCUCCCUGGCCCUGGGUGAGCCCUGCGGCGUCUACACCCUGAGCUGUGCCAAGGGACUACGCUGCGUGCCCCCAGCUCGAGAACAGAGCCCCCUGCAGGCGCUGCUGCAGGGCAGGGGGGUCUGUGCCAAGCCAAGCCGCAUCGGCCCCGGAGACAGGCCCACAUUCACAGUUACACAUCCUUCCAGCAGCAGUGAUCUGGAGAAGGCUCCCUGCCGUAAGCUGUUAAAUUCUGUUCUGAGGGGUCUUGAACUCACGAUCUUCCCGUCCAGCCGGGAUAUCUACAUCCCCAACUGCGACACUCGCGGAUUCUAUAGGAAGAAGCAGUGCCGCUCCUCCAAAGGUAUGCAGCGCGGCCACUGCUGGUGCGUGGACGAGCAUGGCACGAAGCUGCUGGCGCGUGCGGGAGAGGACGGCGCGCUGCCUUGCGAUGGAGAGUGAGGGACGCCCUUCAGCCAGCAGCCCUGAACCCGCAGUCAGACGAAGAGGACGGGGCGGCUUUCGACUGGAUUUGAUGCUGUCUGGCUGGGAUAUAUCAUGAGCAUUACAAACUCGUCAUGCUUGGUCAUUGUCACCCUCCCACUGAGCACCCACGUGUGACACUCCGCUGCCGUCAAUGAUAUGGCCAGUGCACCACUGAAAACGGGAACAUGUAACGUCUAGUGAUUAAAAGCGCUGCUUGGCGACGAGGUCCGCCGUUCCUUAGGAUUUCACAUGACAGAGAGUGCCAAUUAAUUACUGCAUUAUCUUAACUUCCAUUUCGGAAAGCAUUUAGACUGAACAUUCCAGAAAUAUUGAUAUGAUGUGAAAAAGGUAAGGUGUCAAGCAUAUUUUUGGCGCUGCACUGCCUCCAAGUGGACGAUUUUAAAAGCGUAAUUUCAAAACAAAAACUUCUAUAGGCCUAUAUACAAUGCCAGCGGGUAUAUAUAUCUACAGAACUAUUUCGCGGAUAACGUUAUUUUACUGACUCGUAAAUUGCAUCUUGUGUAUUUUUCAUAUUAUUUAUUUUGGAAUAAAAUGAUAUUGUGGACACUUGCUUUGAAUAUCUAUCUACAUCUGCUGUAUCUUUUUAGAUAUGCAUAACCUGUUAUGUCUACGAUUAAGGACACAUUCGCGGUCAUUUUGUACCUUGUCAUGACUUCUGCCAUCGCAGCCAUUGACUGUUCCUGCGGUUGUCUAGUUUUCGAAGCUGUGUUGUACGAAAAAGUGUAUUCUAAGCAUAUUUUUGUACACUUUUAUAUUUCGCUUAUAUACAGCGCAUACGUUUGCAAUAUUAUUUAACUACUAAGUAUUUUACAUUUUCCUAUUCUUCUUUAUUUAAAAAUUGAAAGCUUGUUUUUAUUGUUGGUCACAAAAUACAUCGAUUUGUGGCACCUUACUGGGGACUUACUGUUUAAAUGACGUCCCUUCAAAGCUAAAUCCAUUUAAAUGCUGUAAAUGAUUAAGAUUUUAUGAAUGUUUUAUUUAUACGUUGAUCAUUUGUUAUUCAAUUGUAUUCGAAUUUCCUAUUAAAUGCUGUUUUUAACGCACGUUUAAAAACAAAAAUUUCA